AUGCGUUAUUUUUUAGAAGACAAUGCUGGAGAUAUAGUCAACGUCAAAAUUAUUGAAUUGCGACAUGCUGAUUGUAAUUAUUUUGAUUUCAAUUAUAAUGAUGAAGUUCGUAUUGUGCGUGGCAGUGGUACAAAUAAAGCUCAUGGAAAAGUGAUUCAAGUUUAUCGUAAAAAAUGGGUGAUUCAUGUUGAGCGUGUCAAUAGGGAAAAAAUAAAUGGUACAACUGUUCCUAUUGGUAUUCAUCCAUCAAAUGUUGUUAUUACCAAGUUGAAACUCGAUAAGGAUAGAAGAAAUUUAUUGAAACGAAAAGAUAGAUCUGCUUCUAAUAAAGGUAAAGGUAAAGCAGCUGAAACAGACGAUGCUAUGGAAGAGAAAAUGGCCACCGAGAAAGUAUCAUUUUUAGAAAGUCAGCAAAGCAGAGAGAUCAUAGAAUUAAGUCAACUAUUACAGGAAGUUAGCGACAAUGUAACAACGAGUCCUUCGGGAUUAUCAUUAUCUGCCAAACGCUCUCAGAAUACCGAUUUAAUUGAUCAAUUAUAUAAAACUCUUGGGGAUCGAGAUUCCGAAGUUGUCGUGAAUGGCGUCAUGGCUUUAAAUGAAAUUUUACAUUCCCAAGAAUUGCUUCAAGAAAUUGCUACAGAUAUCAGCGCCAAAGAAAUUGUCGAUGAAAUUAGUGAUAAUGGAGCCAUUGCGAACAAAUCGAUACAAAUUAUCUCUAAUAUCGCUAUACGCAUCGGAAGCAUAUUAACUUAUUCCCUCGAAAUUUUCAUAAAAUUAUUGGAAACUGGCAAAGACAAUAUUGUGUCUGGUAUUAUUACGAUACUUGAAGAUUUGUUAAAUGAAAGUCCUGACAAGUUUGAUGGGCUGCUCUCUGUUUUGCCAUCUAUUUGGGCAUCUGUAGAUCUAACAUCUCCUGCAGGACCUGCAUUCCUAAACCUUUUAAUGACUGUUGGAAAUACGUUACCAGAAACUCCUUAUAUUUUAGAAUCACUGAUUGAGGAUAUCGAAAAUUAUCCAGGCACAUCUUUUCGUUUGCAAUUACUUAAUUCUUCAGUGGCUCUAUUCUUGUUACGGCCCGCAGAAUGUAAAGAUAUGUUGGCAAAAUUAUUUAAGUGCACUAUGAAGUCAACGGAAGAUUUAGAAGUACGUGAGAGAUCGUUAUUCCUUUAUCAACUACUUCGAUUCGAUAUUGAAACGGGUCGUCCAUUGUACGAAUUCAAUUCACUUUCUAUUACUUAUGAGAAGCCAUCCGAACAAUUUACAACUGAUAGUGAACCAAAUUUAUAUUGGCAAAAUCAAGAAGAGAUUGAUUCACAAUUGUCACAUACUCUGGCACAUACUCUGGAAUUUGAUACAGUAAUUGAACAAUUAGAGAUAUCACUCCCGGAAACAUCUAUAUUUGCAAAAUCUUUGACACUUGAUGACAUUGAAGGUGUGUUUAAGGAUAAUAACAUCUUUACUAUGGCUUCAGGAAACAAAAGAGAUGUAUGGAAAUUCUUUUUAUAUGCUGAAGAGGUAAGAUGA